AUGCAAGAAGUCGUCGCCACAAGUGAUGUGAGGGGGAAGUCGUAUGAAAGGCAGGCAUUGACUGAGAGCCCAGUGAUGGUGGACAGGGAGCUACCGGUAUUCACCGGUGGAUGCGAUGCACCGGACCUAAGGACCAUCCCAUCGACACGUCGACCGAUAUAUCAGAUAAACAGUAUAUACCGGACGGACAGUCAGACCGGACAGUCCUCUGCCGGGCUAUCGUCCACCGGAGCCUCAGACGAAUACAUCACUAUUAGACCACCGCAUGAACCGGAGCUCACAAACAGCCGGUGCUCACGACUGGCCACUACCUCAGGGCUCAUCGGCACUACUGCCGACACCACCACUCAUACCGACGCCAAUGCCAUCACUGGAUCUUCUGGUGACUUGAGUGCAGACAACAGAUUUGUUUUAGGUUUGGGUCACCUCAAGAGCACAUCCCGUGUCUGCAAGUUAUGGCAGAACUGUUGCGACCGCGAAGUCCGCUAUCGUUGCCAUCGAGUUCUUGUGGACCAUCUGUUCUACGGCUUCGCCAUCGAGUCGUCGGUGUCUUCUGACGCGGACGCCAACGACGACACGGAGAACAAGCCGUUUGUCUUAAGCGAUCGCCAAUCGGUGGUCAAACGGCUGUGCGAUUACUACAAGAGUGACAUCCAAUUGAUCCCACAAUUGGUGGUUAUGUUUAACGCGAAGCUGAGUCGCGAGGAAGGCUGGUAUGCGGCGCUCAAAGUGAACGCUUACCGCAAAUAUCUGCCCAAAGACUGUCUGUUCAUUCAUUUGGAGACUCAGACGAUAAUCGGCACUUCAGACCACAACCGGUGUCCAUAUCCGGCCGCCAAUGGUUUGGCCGGUAUAUCACACCUAUUGCUGUCGAGGAUUAGCGGUCUCGAGAUUGACGUCUAUUACGAUCAAGAGAUCUGUGAAUCACUGAAAGCUGAUCCCGACAUGAAAUGUAUUUUGUACUUCGAGUCCGCAAAAGACUACGACCGCAGAGACACUUCCGAUCAGUACUUAUGGCAUAAUUGCAAUCAUCACAUGUGGGAAGUGAUGAAACAAAUGGAGUUUAAGUUGGCGUUUGGGGGCACAAGAGUCACCGCCAUUGACGUCAGCGCUGGCUAUGAGUCGGCCGAAGCGGAGAAGCCGUUCGCAUGUAUUGCAAUCCGCGGCCCAAAUGUGAGCGCCUGUAGUAUCGAAAUGAAGACCGGAAAUCUCGAGUCCACUGAACGCCUGUUAACUGAAUUCAAGUCGCGGCUCGGCUUUGAUGCGGACGACCGGCGACUGUCCACUACUUUUGCGUUUGUGUUUUGCCGUAUAAUACCCUACCGUUUCAACCGUUACUGUCAUUUCAAAGAAGGCGAGUCCUCUCAACUCAUUCAUCGGAUAUUCCCGAACGUGAUAUUCGCGGGCGCUAUCAGUGUCAUCAACUUCGGACAAAACUACUGGCCCGGUAUGCCUGUCCCCUCCCAUGAGGAGAGCAACUAUAAGACAACACUCUUUGACAGCACUAUCAUUAUGUCUAAUGAGUCGAUAUCUGGGGGCGAAUACGAGGAAUGCGUUCACAACGAACCCAAUCACAGGAUUGCCGACAAUUACGAGUUGUGUUUAAAGCAUUCAUUAGUGAAUAAUUACUUAAUAAUGGAGAAUAUCUUCAAAUGGUUAGAGCCCUCGGAACUGAUUAAAUGCUCGCAAGUGUGCAUCAAAUGGAAACUUAUUUCACAACUAAUUGCAUAUAAACGGCAAUACUUUUCGCAUAAAUUGCUUUAUUUCGGUCUAUUAUCGACACAAUCGGCGCAUACGUUGAGAGAUAAAUAUCUCAAUAUAUUCAGAGAAAGUUUCGAUGAGGCGAUCGAUUCCUAUAAUAAUUAUCUGUCGAGGAAUCGAUUGAAAGAAUUCCAGUUGAUUAUUGUCUUCUCGAAACUGGAUUUCCAUCGAAUGGAAGACUUUCUGGUUCGCCAACACAUACCUAACGACUGCACUAUUAUUCAAAUUAAUUGCCGCAACGAAGUCAUUGGUACUCAAGAGCUGAUCGAUCAUAAGUAUUUGGGUGCCAAUCAGUACGUGGAGUACGAGUCCGACUUUGACUUGUUGUCUGCGAUUUCAGCCUUUUUUAUGUCGAGAGCGAUGCCCGGCAUUGAAGUCCACGUCUAUAACGACUCCAAUGUAUUCCACAUUAAAUCCGAUGAGAAUCUCAAAUGUAUUCUUGUGUUUCAUAUCUGGCGAUCAUUUUUCGGGCAUUUUAGUCGAUUGAAAACUGAUAAUCAGUACCUCGAAUACCUGGAACAGUUUGUUCAUCAAUGCAAUCAUAAUAUAGCGUUCGGUGGGGUGACUGUCGACCGAUUGGCCGCCUCCCAGGCCACAGACACUGAUAAUUGCAACCAAUAUAUUGAUUAUAUCUGUUGUCUCACAUUUUCGGGCUCUAAUGUCAAGGCAUUUAGUUAUGUUAUAGACUUCAGCGACACUUAUAUUGAAUCUCAUUUGAAAUCAAUUUAUGAGGAAUUGCAACAUAAUUUAAGUCAUAAGAUUGAAACCACGGAUUGA